AUUUUAAAAAAAUCAGGAAGCUAAAACAAAGUUAAAACUAUCAUGGUAACCAGAAAUGAGGUUUCAUCGCCAAAAUUUGAAAAAAAAAUUGUCGCUAAUCGAAGGGGCGCCCAAUUAUACACUAGAACCCAGAUUUCUUAUGUUGAGUCCUCUUCCCCGAACAAUCCCUUCUUACUGUAUUUUGGAUCCCCUUUUCUCUUCUUUAAAGCAUUUUAUCACACUGCACCGUAGAAUGGGAUAAAUUUACUAAUUUAGCGAUAUCCCGAAUCGAAUUUCCAUCCUUAUGAUAAAAAAUGAUCAAUUUUCGAAUGGUGUUCGUAGUUUCCUUACCACUACGAGCCAUUUUAAAUAUUAAAUAAAGUACAAAGAAUUAAGCAAGCAAAACGUAAAGUCAAACAAUUUUUUAAACGUAACCAAAAUGGACAAAUAAAAAAAGUGGUAUACGAUAAUUUUAUUUAUGAAAUUUUACAAAAAUAUUUCGAUGUGCGAUCAGUUUUGUGACGUGUUUUAUCUUUGCCUCGUUACAUUCUCAAUUUUAGAAAAAGAAAAUUAAAAAGUUCGGUUUCAUUCAGAAUUACAAGAAAAUAGUAUGAUGAAAAAAAUAUUGAGCUUUCGAUUCGAAUUCAGUUCACACACAGCGCUUUUUCUGCAAAUUCUUAAGUGUGCGAACUGUCUUUGGGACACACUGUAGCUUAUUAUUAGUAAUACUUAGCUUCGUUUUCGUUGUAUUAAGUGUUACAUUAUAGAUUUUAAUACAAUUGUAUUCUAUUUGGUAAUAGAAGAUUGCAUUAUUUUGAAAACUGCUAAUACAAAAAAUUUUACACAAGUACUUACAAUUUUUUGCUUUCGAAUUAAAAUUAUUAAUGAUAAUAAAUUACGUAACAAUGCCAUAGGAAAUGUAAAUUUUAAAUCAACGGUGUUAAGUUACAACACAUUUUAGCUAAGGAAUGAAAGAAUUGAAAAAAAAAUCUUACCUAUAUUCCUCUUUAUGCACUGGCGAUGCAAAUUAUACGUCGCAGAGCGGAUGAUCGUCUGCUUCUUGCUCGUUAUAAUAAGUAGAAUGAGUCAUUAUUCCUAGAAUAAUCUUACGCAGUAAUAUGGAAGUUAGAAAGUUUAUUCCAUCAAUUUGAUUUAUAGGGAUAAAUAUCUUCAUUUUCAUCAUAAAUCUUGGUUUCGUGAUUUAUUUAUCGGUUCACUUCUUGCAAAAUAUCUACAUAUUUUUAGCAUUUGUCUAUUUAGUCUAGACAUUUUUUUCCUUUGUUUGUUCCACCAUAAUUACAAAAGCCAUAAAUAUGAUGAAUUUGGAAAUUUGAACCGUCUGCAAGUUCGAGGCCAUAGUGUAAGCAAAAAACUUUUUUUCAACGACAUUUUUAAGAGCUAGGACUCCAAUGAAUGUUGGCUCAAGCAAUAAAUCUUGUUUCAAAUGGAAGGUAAAUAUUUUGGAUUUUGGAACAGAAAAAUCUUCAUCAACAAAGUAAUCCAACAUUGUACAAGCUGCAAUAGAAGUCACACUCUGAUGUACUUUACUUGACCUUUCUGCUUCUUCAGAUAUCCAAGUCUUACCUGACAAAAAUAAUGUUCAGAAAAUCUUGUUUGCUGUACCUAAAAUGAGAUAUAUUUCUGGCUCAAGGUGACGAAAGAAAUUUCUAAAUGUCAGAUGAAGAAGAAAGACGUCUAAAUAAUUAUCGAACUCAAAUGAAAUCUGCAUUUCCUUUCAAUCUGUAUAAAUGCAUUCAGAGUAUCUGCAAACUAAAGAAAUAUUUAAUUUAUAAGUUUUUCUUGAAUAUCUUAAGAGGGUUUAUUAAUGGUUUUUGGUAAUCUGCUGAUUGGCAAUAUGAUUUGACUUAGUGAUAUGACAUUAGAAACACGAACAAAUUGAUUUGUUGUGUGUAACAAUUUUAUCAUAACGUUUUUAACAUGAAAAAGAACAUGGAUUGCAAAUAUACAUGUUGAAAUUAUGAAGAGUAUUUUAGGUGGAAAUUUUUGUAAUUUUUUUCAUUAGAAUAAAGUAGAUCUUGAGGUAAAUAAAGUACGUAAUUUAUGUUCCAUUUAUGUUAAAGUAUCUCUCAAUGGGUUCUUUUAUUUCCAAAAGAAGUUAGGUUAAAAAGUAGUCAUAAAUUACAGCAAACAAUAAGAAGAAUUGUUUUAAAGCUAUGAUCGGCGUAAGAAAUUUCGAACUGUAUUUUGGUAGAGACGAGGAAUAUUGUCCUGAUUCUUCUUCUUCUUCCAGCACCCAAAGAAUAAACAGCACAAUCAAUGAUGAUCAUUCUUAUGAAACAGUUGAAAAACUUGAUUCGAAAACUUUAAAGGAAGGUGAAGAUUACAUGUGCUGUUUAGAAAGAGAUAAAUGCGAUGUCCGGCCAUUACCACUUAAGUCUUUUGAGUUAAUUCGCAUGCUCAUAAACGCACAGUUUUAUUCCGCCCAAAUAAGUGAUAUUUAUUCGCAAAAUACUGAAUCUUUGAUUAAUUAUUCUAAAGAAAAUAAUGGUUGUCAAAGAUCGAGUGGUGGUGAAACCUUACCUUUUGUCUAUGCGAAUGUAACUCCUGAUCCAAACGAGAUACUCUCUGCCACUGAAACAUAUAUAUGUAGUAUAGGAUCCAAAAAGCCUUCGCCCUUUUUUAAAGACCUCAGAUACGAUGUAAAUUGCGAAGAUAGGAAUCCUUGUAUUUCAAAAAUAUCAGCUCUUUACUCAGAAUACAAAGAAAGAGAUCCUUCAAUAUGUCAAACACUCAGUAGCAUUACAGAAGAUAAAGAAAGAAAUUUAUAUAUGCCUGAAAUUUCUUUUCGUGAUAGAGCUUUCAAAAGAAGACAUAAUUUUCCUGAAAAAGAAUAUAUACCCAAGAAAAUUUACAAAAGAAUGAAUCCUACUAUUUUCAAAAGAUCGACAGGCAUUGCAACACACAAAGAAAUAGAUUCUGUACGUAAUGCUGAAAGAAAGGGGCAAGAACUAUCUGUACUUAGAAGUUGUUCGGACGAAAUGCAAUAUUCUGAUAAUUCACAAUCAUUAAAUGAUUGCACGAAGCACCCGUUUAAAAAAGAGUGCGAGGAAAAAAUCAGAAUCCAGGCAAAAUUUUUCAAAGCUAAUAAAGUGUGUGAAAGUUUGCAGUAUCUUUUCAAACAUCAAAUGAGUAUGAUUACCGAACACGUAAAAGAGAGGAACGAAAACAGUAAAAAUCAACACUGCACGGUCACCGAUGGGUAUUCCACUGAUUUACCGCUGCAUAAUAUUUCAGUACAUGAUGGAGCAAAGAAAAUGCUGGAGAAUUUUGUUGCAUUUCCACAUACAUUUGUCCAAGAUAAAACCGAAUUUGGGAAAGACAUAGAAUAUUUUAGCCAGAAUUUAAAUGAAAAAGAGUUAAAGAAUCAUACCAUUACGGACCAUCACAAUUUUGAAACAGAUGAAGAUAACUUACAGGAAAUUUUUAAAAAUUCGAAUAAUUCUCAUCACAAUUUCGACACACAAACUAAAAAUAGUCACAAUAAAAUGUCUGCAAAGACGAUUUCGAUACAAAAUUCGAUACGCAACUUUUUAUGUGAGUUUAACCCCAAGGAUCAUGUUUCGUACAUAAUUAAUUACGCUUAUUCUAACUUAGAAACUGACUUCAGAACUAGAUUUGACACUUCCAAUAAUCCGAAUUCGAGUUUAGAAAGUCAAGUUAGGGAUGACUGCAACAGGAAACAAGGGAACGGAAUACAAAAAUUAACUAAAACAUAUUUGUCUAAAGAUAAAAAGUAUUUGGCUCAUAAGUACGAGCAAUACGUACCAACUGCCACUAAAAAUGUUAAAUCAUCAAAUGAUAAAUUAGAACUUAUCAAUUUAGAAUCUCAAACCGAUUCGGAAUUGGACAUUUACAAGAAUAUUCGAUUAACAUCUCUAAAUUGCAAAAAGAAACCAGCAAAUGGGCAUUUAGACUGUAAAAAGUGUAGAAACGAAAAGACGAGAAAAAAAUUUUCAAGAUUAAACACGGUCUUGAUCAAAGACAUUAAACGCUCUGAGAAUUCUUUAUUUUUCAACGACAGAAAACGCAAAAAACAAAAAAGAUCGCAGCUAAAAUAUUCAAGAAGCAAGCAUAAAUCGAAAAAUAAAGAAAUUAUCAUCGAAGUAGAAAAACCUUUACAACAGAGGUUAAAUCACAAAAAUAUGCUGAUCGAAGUUAAUAAAAAGUUAGAUAUCGUCGGUAGAAAAUUGCGUUUGAGCGUCAAGGGGAAUAGAAUUUAUCUUAUUGCAAAAAAGAGGAGAAUAGAAAAACAAAAAUGCAAGGAAAAAUUGAAUUCGAAAAUAAAAUGCAGCGAAUCAAAGAAAAUUCACGUUAAAACUGCAAGCAAAGAAAGAAGUUCGCCGGCCAAACUUUAUUCCAUUUCAAACAGUUCAAAAAACGAGGAAACUACAUUAGAGGAAAUGGAAGCUUUUUUGCAAGAACUUCGUGCAAAUACAAGAAAAACUGCGGUAAAAGAUCUGCAACAGAAUUUACGAAUGGUAAAACAUCAGUCGGAGAAAGUGCAAUUUCUGGACAAGUCUCAAGCGCAAAGGAAAACAAAAUUGAUGACUUGCGUGUCUCUUACACCCGACGCUGCCGUGAAAGAAGCGAACAUUUUGAAAGAUAUAAGAAUGCAUCGCAGAGACUUGAAAACGUUAUCUGAUUUAGAGAUUAAAAAGAAUAAACUUUUGCAAAAAUUCAAAGCUGAAACAGAUUCCAUUAUUACAGCUUAUAAAAGCAGCCAAAAGUAUAAUAAGCGGCAUACCAUUUCUGAAGCAGAAAAAUUCAAAAAAACUGAAAUAUUUCUUAAUACGUUGAAUAAUCAGACAACCAAGAGAAAAGAUAAAAAAUUAAAACAAAUGCUUGUAUCAUUUGCAUUUAAACGACCAGCUGCUAAGUCUGAGAAAGUCUCAGAAGAAUCACAUACUGGAAUUAAGUUUGCAUCUUUAUCGGAAGAAUCACAAAGCUUACUUAACACACUGAGGGCUAAGAUAAAAGCAAAAAAAAGUAAAAAAUGCUGAUAUGUGAGCAUUAUUAUUACAGAUUUCUUAUGAGUUUGACUAAUAACUUAAAUAUAGGUCUGUUUACCUAUUUAUCUGAUAAAUUAAAAAUUACAGAAUUAUAAGGAAUUAUUCAUUCCAACCUAACAGGCAAAUAGUCUACAGGCACUUAAACCCGGCAUUUCGAAUGUCCAGAAUUUAAUUCCGGGUAAUAAGCCUAAACCUUUAAUCGUAAUUUUUCAAAGGUAUUGCCCCCGAAAAAUAACUGAUAUGAAUAUUUCUUUCACUGAUUGUAAUAAAAAAUAUCUGAUGUGUAUACCACAUGACUUCUUGUACGCCCUAUUAAAUUAUACACAUUUUUUACUGCACUUCAUUAAACUUAUUUCCUCGAAUUUCAUUAGAAAUAUAUUUCUCAUUUAAUCAAUUCACAUUUCCUUUCGCAUCAAGGCACAAAAUACAUAAGCACUCAAAACAUCUUCAUUCAAAAUUUUAAAAUACGGGGAAAACCUAAAACACCAAAUACAGUAAAAAACAGUUAAAACUUUUUGCUCCCACUGAGCAAAAAGGCACUGAAGUUGGUGCACCAACUGACUUAAUUCAGUAUUUCACUAAGAGUUCCAAAUGCAAACAAAUGGCAUCCUCGUCAGCCCUAGUGCUAUUUAAACUUUUAAACUGUUGAUAAUUAAUUCUACAUCUAUCGCUUGCCGAUAGAAAUAAAUACACGAAUAAAAACUUUAACCGGAACAUAAGAACAACAUUAUUCGAUCUCUUUAUAGGGAUUUAUAUUUAUUUUAAAUAACCAAUUUCGUUUAAGUUUUAUUUUCUUUCCUAUAAGCCUUCAUUCCCCUAACUGUCAAUGCCAGAAUAUUUAAAUUUGGUAGCGCGUGUGAAAUAAUGCAAAUUCUACCUUGAGGAGAAAAGGUUUAAAUAUUGAUUUCUAGAAGGAAAAGUUGGCGAGUUUGAGCAAGCGCUGUAUCUCUGUAACGUGAUCUUCUGUUUCUGCAGUUAUUGCUGGUUAACGUGGCGUAAUAGUUACUUUGUUGCCACUAGAUUUUCGACGCGGGUUUUAGGUAACAGGUUUAUCUGAGCCCUGUAGAGUAACUCUACUCAACUUUUUUGUUUACUUCUUGUUGUUUGUGUUACCGCCCGAGUGAGGCGUAGUGUGUUAGCGUUAAGUCGACGUACUGUGAAUUUUAAAGAGUUAAUAAAGGUUUUUUUUUAA